GUGUUAGUGAUGGAGGGAGAAUCUGUCACACUAAACACUGAUGUUACUGUAACACAGAGAAAUAAGAUACUGUGGAAGUUUGGAGAUCAAGGUGUUCUCAUAGCUCUCUUAGAUGACAAUGAGGUCUCAUUAUUUAAUGGUACUGAAGGACGAUUCAGAGACAGACUGCAACUGGAUCAUCAGACCGUAUCUCUGACCAUCAUGAACAUCAGAACCACAGAUGCUGGACUCUAUGAACUAAAUAUCAAGGGAGGGCCAGGGGACAGAGUCAAGAAAUUCAAUGUUACUGUCUAUUCUCAUCUGCUCAUUCCUGUCAUCACCAGAGACUCUUCACAAUGUUCAUCAUCAUCAUCAUCAUCACAGCAGAAUUGUUCACUGGUGUGUUCAGUGGUGAAUGUGAGUCAUGUGACUCUCUCCUGGUUCAAAGGAAACAGUUUAUUGUCCAGCAUCAGUGUGUCUGAUCUCAUCAGCAGUGUCUCUUUACCUCUGGAGGUGGAAUAUCAGGAUAAAAACACCUACAGCUGUGUGCUCAACAAUCCUAUCAGCAACCAGACUCAACAUCUGGACAUCAGCAAACUCUGUCACACAUGUUCAGAAAUUCACUGUUGUGGUGUUACUGAAGCUGUGAUUCGAUUGGCCAUCACUGUUCUGGUGGGUGUGGCUGCUGUUGCUUUUGUAGUUUAUGACAUCAGAUCCAGAAAUGCAGUGUAAAGCUCUGUUCUUUGUAAAUCUGCUCUGUAACAACGUGUGGUAAA